AUGAAGGUGCCAUUGCAGAUGGCCCUGCUGCCUUAUGCAGCGACGAGUGCGGGCGGCGUCGCGCCAACAGCGACUCUCAAUUCAGGUCCCGUCUUCGGCGCCCCGACGUCUCUGCCAGGAGCCCUUGGGCCCGUCAACAAGUUUCUCGGCAUUCCUUAUGCCGCUUCGCCACCUGAGCGUUUUCGCUUGCCACGCCCGCCCAAGAAGUGGACGACGCCGAGGAAUGCGACUGCCUUUGGCGAUUCUUGUAUCCAAUAUGUACCGAAGACGGACGUCGGCCCAGGAGAGGAUAUCCUCGAGAAGCUCUUCAACCAGCAUCCACCUGAGAGCGAGGACUGCUUGUACAUGAAUGCCUUUGCACCGGCGUCGAAAGGACCGCCUUCGGGACGCCCAGUCGUCGUGUUCAUCCCAGGCGGGGGUUGGACCAUGGGAAACGGACUGAUUGACCUCUCUGGCUUUGCCGGGUACGAAGACAUUGUCGCUUUCACGUUUAAUUACCGGACGAACAUCUUCGGGUUCCCCAACGCGCCGGGCAUCCCCCUGGGAGAGCGCAAUCUCGGCCUGCACGACCAGAGACGCGCCCUCCAGUGGGUGCAGGCCAAUGCGCGUGCCUUUGGCGGUGAUCCGGACAAAGUGACCGUCUGGGGUGAGUCUGCGGGCUCCAUGUCCGUCGACAUUCACCUGCACGGACUGGCCGCGCGCCCGCCCUUUCGUGCCGCCAUCAUGUCGAGCGGGGAGUACUCCUUUGGUAUGUUUUCCAUGGCGACUAGCCCCACGGAAAGCCGCAGCUGGGGCGGCGUCGUUGAGAAGGUCGGCUGCGGUGGCAGUGGCAACAAUACGGCGCGCACGCUGAAGUGUAUGAGCGACGUCCCCACAGACAAGUUGCUCGAGGGCAUGCACAAGGCCGGUGUGGGAUACAACCCCAUCGCAGAUAACGUCACUGUAUUGCCUGGACGAGCCGCGGCUUGGAGGCAGGGUCGUACGGCCAGGGUGCCCGUCCUGGCGACGUCCAUGGCCGAAGAGGGCCGCGGGCUGGUCAACCACAACGUGACCAUGGAACGCUUCCUGGAGGCAUACCUCCCGCAGCCUCUCGUCACAAAGUCGCAGCAAGACUCCAUCCUGGACUUUUACAGAACAAAACGGCCUGCCCUGAAGACGGACUUUGACGUCGCUGCCGCGAUAUACACCGACUUCCACUGGCAGUGCCCGCUCCGGCUCCUCGCGGCCGCGGCCGCCUCGGUGCCUGACGACGCGGCGAAGCAGCCGCUCUGGCGCGGGUACUUCAACGCCUCUAUCGCGGAGCUGCUCCCUCAAGAAUUCCACUGGCUGGGCAAGUUCCACGGCACGGACGUGCUGCUGGCGUUUCUGGCGCCGUCAUUUGAAGGCGACAGUGGUGGUACGACCACGGGCAUCGUGCUCACGCCGCAGGUUUAUACCUUCGCGCGGUACUUCCGCGGCAUGAUUGGCGCGUUUGUGCGCAAUCCAGCGGCGGGGCCUGGGUGGCCUGCGACCGGGGCGAGGGCGUACCUCCCGUUUGACGUGGCGAGCCUGGGAGACGUAGGGGACGUGAAGGCGGGAGGGGCAACGCCGGUGAACGGGACGGAGCUGGAUGAGAGCUGUGGGCUGUACAAGGACAUCUAUCCGCUGCUGGAGAAGGUUAUGGGGUGA